AUGUGCAAAUUGGCAAAAGAAUAUGGUGUUGGGUGUGCUACUAUACACGAUCUUAUGGAAGGAAAAAAAAAACAAAAGAUAGGAGACCACGUGAAGACAAUGGAAUCUGGACCAGGAAAGCGUAAAACAUUAAGAGUUAGAGAUUGUCCAAAGAUGGAAAACGCUUCCUACAUGUGGUUGAUGCAACGGCGUUCUAAACACACUCCUGUAUCUAGAGAAAUCCCAAAAGCAAAAGCAAUCGAAUUUUAUAAAAAAAUUACCAGAAAAGAUGAUUUUCCUGCCAGCGAUUCUGGAACGCACAAAUUGGAUUUGUUAGUGAUGUGUAAAGCUAAAAAUCCCAGAGCUUUCACAAACAUUUAUCUGCCAGUGUGCUACAAGAACCAAUUUAAAAGUUGGGUCAUGUGA